GGCGGAAGUGAGUUUGUUUGGAGAAAAUCAGCUUUUAAGGAGUUUUUACGGAGUUUUUACGGAGUUUAAACGGAGUUUAGAGCUUCUGUCCCGCAGAAAACACCCAGAACCAGUCCGGAUUAACCCGGAUUAACCAGAACCAGAACCAGAACCAGCAGAAAUACCAGAAAUACCAGAACCAGCUCCGUCUGCAGAACCAGCAACAUGUCCAAGUCCCUGAAGAAAAUCGUGGAGGAAAGUCGAGAUAAAAACCUGCUGGAGGUGGAUAUGAGUGACCGAGGGGUUUCUAACCUGCUGGAUGUUCCUGGGCUAUUUUCUCUGUCCCACAUCACCCAGCUGGUGCUGAGCCACAACAAGCUGACAACGGUUCCUCCCAACGUGUCUGAGCUGAAGAACCUGGAGGUUCUGAACUUGUUCAACAACCAGAUUGAGGAGCUGCCGACCCAGAUCAGCAGCCUGCAGAAACUGAAACAUCUCAACCUGGGCAUGAACCGGCUCAGUUCUCUCCCCCGAGGGUUCGGUUCUCUCCCGGCCCUGGAGGUUCUGGAUCUGACCUACAACAACCUGAACCACCAGUCCCUGCCCGGGAACUUCUUCUACCUCACGACUCUCAGAGCUCUGUACUUGAGCGAUAACGACUUUGAGCUUCUUCCUGCCGACACCGGGAAACUCAGCAAGCUGCAGAUUCUCAGUCUCCGGGACAACGAUCUGAUCUCGAUGCCUAAAGAGAUCGGAGAUCUGGCUCAACUGAAGGAGCUGCACAUCCAGGGGAACCGGCUCACGGUGCUGCCGCCUGAGCUGGGUAACCUGGACCUGACCGGGCCCAAGCAGGUCUUCAAGGCUGAGAAUAAUCCCUGGGUGACUCCGAUCGCCGACCAGUUCCAGCUGGGAGUUUCUCACGUCUUUGAAUACGUCAGAUCAGAAACCUACAAGUAUCUGUACGGGCGUCACAUGCAGGCCAACCCAGAACCUCCCAGCAAGAACAACGACAAGAGCAAGAAGAUCAGCCGUAAACCGCUGGCUGCUCGGAACAAGUGAGGACCAGGACCCGGGACCUGGACCAGGACCGGACCGGACCCCCGGGAACCAACCGGUCCUCCAGGAACCAGCCUGGAUCCGCUGCAUGUGCCUUAUAUUUAUAUAUAUUGCUGUUUUUACCUCCACCUGCAGAGAUCACUGUUAACCGUUAACGAGCCGGUCCCCCAGGAACUGGCUGGUUCCUGACUGGGCCGUUAACUAGUCCCCCAGGAACCGGUCGGUUCUUCAGCGGGUUCGUACGAUUUUCAAAUUCCAGGACUUUUCCAGGUUUUUUCAAACGUCAUUUUCAAGCCUGGAAAAGUUUUGAAACAUAAUUUCAACCCAAAGGUUUUGAAAACGUCAUGGAAUUAAUUUUUC